AUUUUCGGGUGUUACAAACUCCAGAGCUGCUCCAGCGCAGGGCGGACUCUGGCUGCCUUUGGAGGCGUUGGUUUCUGCUGGUGUCUAUCUUACGCGCUAUCUCCGCCCUCAAGGGAGAGACUUCUCCGUUUACCGAGCACCCCCCUUUUUUCUCCCUUCCCCGUGCACUGCCGUUAAAUCCCCCCCAAAAUUUGAGGUGUGACGGACCGUGAGAGAGAGAAAAAAAGCGCAAAGGACGCCGCGUCAAUUUGGCACCGGAUUCAUCCCCCUUCUCGUCAUGAAUUUCUGGAUUAUGAGGACGUCGUUAUGCCGCGCAGGGUGAACUACAGACGCUUUCCAAGAUAAAAAAAAAAACACCUAAUUGUGCAUGAAUUAGAUUUGGUUGAAAUGCUGCUGCACAUCUUUGGGAUUUCGCCUGUAGAUAAUUGAGGAAUUUUUCGACGCUUGUGUGGUUUUAGUGCGCGCAAUGUGCAGCGGGUUUGUUGCUGCUGAGAGUUGGCACAGCCCAAAGGCAUCACCUUACUGAUGGUUCCUAACGUCGCUAUGAUACAGGAUCCGCGUUAAUCUCUGCACAGUGCUUCUGAACGUACAUUUGAGUGGCAGGUGAUGAACUGAACCGGCUCCGUUGGAUGGUUUGACCAAAUGCGCUAAAAGGAGUUAAGAUUCCCCACAUUAUCCCGCGACACAGGGGGCUGUUUGAAGUCACAUGCGCCCAGAACAAACAAUUAAGAUGACAAAACCCGUCCCCAGAAGAGAUUGUCUUUAUUACCGAGGAAGCUGCAUUGGGAUCACAUCACAGUUCCUGGAUAGAGUUGGAGGACGGGCAGCAGAGGAAGCAGAGAGGGAGGAGAAGCAGAGGAGAGCUGCUGAGCGCCACAACAGACCUGCUGCUGCUGCUGCUGACAGGGAAGCUUUGGCUUCAGUGAUGGACUGAGCUGAAGGGAUCCGCUUGACAGUGAGCUUCACGCUUUCCUCAGAAGCCUUCACACUUGACAAAGGCAUGCACGGACACACUGCAGCAUAGAGGUGAGAAACCAGGAGCGGGCUGCCCACUUUGAACACACCGCAACGACUUGGCCUAAUGAGUGAGAUAUCCCUCAAGGAGGACAGCACUGGCCUUUCAUUCGGAAACCAUCUCUCAGGUCUGCACAAACUGCUUCUACCUUUGUCCCAAAAAACAAGUAAACCUGGAACCUCAGCCCCUUCCCAAGUGCCCUGGAAGCCCACCACCGGAUUCAGUUUGGAUCCACAGAUGUAACUAAGCUGUUAUAAUUUCUUCACCAGGAAGUCCUGUGAUUUUGGCUGCAUGGACACAUCUUCAAAGACGUGGCUCCCGCAUCAGAGUCAGUUUGGGUUGGUUGGUCAAGCGGAGGUUUGCUGUGGUGGACCUGGAGUUUUAACCCCAAACCAAUCUCGCAGGGCAAGUUUUGCCUCUGCCAGACAGUCAAGCAUGGAGACCCCUCCGAAUACGACUCCGCAGCCCUUCAGGCAGCCGAGUUUUCUCAAUCGGAGGUUGAAGGGUUCCAUCAAGAGGGCAAAAAGCCAGCCCAAACUAGACCGGACCAGCAGCUUCAGACAAAUGAUUUUGCCCCGGUUUCGUAGUGCUGACCAAGAGAGGACUCGCUUGAUGCAAAGCUUCAAAGAAUCCCACUCCCACGAGUCCCUUCUUUCUCCUAGCAGUGCUGCAGAGGCUUUGGACCUAGUUUUGGAUGAAGAUGCCAUAAUCAAACCUGUCCACUCUAGCAUUUUAGGACAAGAGUACUGCUUUGAGGUAACCACCAAUUCAGGGACAAAAUGUUUUGCCUGCCGUUCAGCUUCAGAAAGAGACAAGUGGAUUGAAAAUCUGCAACGAGCCAUCAAACCGAACAAGAACUCCUCGUUUCACUUUAAGGAUAACAGCAGACGGGUUGACAAUGUGCUCAAACUGUGGAUCAUCGAAGCUCGAGACCUUCCAGCUAAGAAACGCUACUAUUGUGAACUGUGUCUGGAUGACAUGCUGUACGCACGCACCACCAGCAAACCCCGGACCGACACCGUCUUCUGGGGCGAGCAUUUUGAGUUUAACAAUUUGCCUACCAUUCGUAGCCUUCGUUUGCACCUCUACAAGGAAACGGACAAAAAAAGACGCAAGGAAAAAAGCACAUACCUUGGCCUUGUCAGCAUCCCCAUAUCAAGCAUCACAGGCCGGCAGUUUGUCGAGCAGUGGUACCCGGUGAUACAGUCCAGUGUUCUGGCCAAAAGCGGUGGCGUCGGAAGCGCCAAAGUGAUCAACGCCUCGCUACGCGUCAAAUCUCGCUACCAGACGAUGAACAUCCUCCCGAUGGAGCUGUACAAGGAGUUUGCAGAGUACAUCACCAACAACUACCGAACACUGUGUGCAGUCCUGGAGCCGCUGUUGAGCGUUAAAAGCAAAGAGGAGGUGGCGUUUGCUCUGGUGCACAUCCUUCAAAGCACGGGGAAGACGAAGGAGUUCCUGUCAGACAUGGCCAUGUGUGAGGUAGAUCGAUUCAUGGACCGUGAGCACUUGAUCUUUCGGGAGAACACGCUCGCUACAAAGGCUGUGGAAGAGUACCUCAAACUGAUAGGUCAUAGAUACCUCAAGGAUGCUAUAGGUGACUUUAUUCGAGCCUUAUAUGAGUCUGAGGAGAACUGUGAGGUGGAUCCCAUGCGCGUCCCACCGUCCGUCCUCGCUGACCAUCAAGCCAACCUCCGCAUGUGCUGCGAACUCUUACUCUGCAAGAUUAUCAACUCUCUCUGCAUAUUUCCCCGGGAGCUGAAGGAAGUUUUCGCCUCAUGGAGAGCCAGAUGUGCUGAGCGUGGAAGAGAGGAUCUGGCUGACAGCCUCAUCAGCUCCUCCCUGUUUCUGCGCUUCAUGUGCCCAGCCAUCAUGUCGCCCUCCCUGUUCAACCUGAUGCAGGAGUAUCCCGCCGAACGCACGUCCCGAACGCUCACCCUCAUCGCCAAGGUGAUGCAGAACCUGGCCAGCUUCAGCAAAUUUGGACCUAAGGAAGAAUACAUGUACUUCAUGAAUGAGUUCCUGGAGAUGGAGUGGGGCUCCAUGCAGCAGUUCCUCUAUGAGAUUUCCAACAUGGACACCGGUGGAAACGCUGGAGGGUUCGAGGGCUACAUCGACCUCGGCAGAGAGCUGUCCAUGCUCCACAGCUUACUGUGGGAAGUGAUGGGCCAACUUAGCAAGGAUGCCAUUCUGAAACUUGGACCCCUGCCUCGGUUGCUGAAUGACAUAAGCGUCGCCCUAAGGAACCCGCAGCUUCACAUGCCUACAAAUCACCAGCCAGAUCGACCAAAGGACAGACUCUUCUCCCGUCCAUCUUUCAACCGUCUUAUGUCCUCAGACUUCCAAAGCCUUAUGAUGCGUGACCUAAACAGUUCAAUAGACAUCUCUCGCCUGCCGUCCCCCACCACUGGUGUGUCGGCUGUAGAAUCCCUCUCAUCUAAUCUGAACAUGAGGCGACAUGCGGAGCGAGACCUACGCUCGUCCAGGGAGGUGUUCUAUGUGACCCGCCCACCUCUGGCCCGAUCCAGCCCGGCGUACUGCACCAGCAGCUCGGACAUCACAGAGCCAGAUCCAAAGGUCCACAGUGUCAACAAAAGCGUGUCCAUGAUGGACCUUCAGGACUCUCGCAUGAACAGUAUCUCCAACCUGAACUCGGUGGGAGACAUGCUCACCUCCUCUCAGGCCUCCAUCGCCGGUCUUGGCCACAGCUUCGGGAACCUUGGCGGCCCUCUUCGUCACCUGCCGGCGGGUUCAGCGGGCUCCGGGCUGAGACUGAGCCAGAUGGGCCACGUAGGGGGGCCCACCGAAUCCAUCUCCCAGCAACAGCAGCAGGCUGCAGCGGCCAUGCACUUCCCCCUGUCUUUCCAGAACCCGCUAUUCCAUCUGGCUGCCCAGAACUCCCCAGCUCAGUCCCAGCAGCCUCCCCCUCCCCUCCUCCUCGCCCCCGAGCCUGAGAACGGCCACCACGACUAUCAGCCGGCCUUUGGCAACAGCGCUUUCUCCCGCAGCGAGGACUUGUCUGCCCUGCGGUCACAGAGCAGUCUGGUGCAGCCCAGCAUUGUCCACUCACACAGCUACAGUGAUGAUUUCACCCGGCAGAAUCAGAGCAACGACUAUGCCUGGCACCAGCUGUCCCUGCAGGUGCAGGAGUCUCUCCAGCAGCAGCACCUGAUGGGAGUAGCGUCUCAGACAGGCACCGGUACAGGAACUCCUGCUUCUUUGGCCACACCUCCAACAACGGUCCACCCCGUCCGCCAGACGUCCAUCGCCCCGCAGCACCUCAAGUCCCAGCGCUCCAUCAACACCGCCACGCCUCCGAAGGUCCGUCCGCAGAGCAGGAACCUCCUCCUCGACUCUUCUGACACAAACCUACAUGGCAGUCAGCCGAAAUCACGCCAAGCUCAGCAGCCGUCGCAACAACAGCAGCAGCAGCAACAGCAGCAGCAGCAGGCCCAGCAGCAGCAGGACGUCCAGCUGUCCGUGACAGACAGUCCAGCUCCUGGCCUCCCCUACCAGACGAGCUCCACCAAAGAGAACCAGGGUCCGCCUGCAGCUGCAGAGGAGUCCACAGAUACACCCACGAAAAGCACCAAGAAGCCUCAGUCCCAACUGCAGCCACCGCAGCAGCAUCUGCUCAAGCCAGUUGUCAAUAAACAGGGUUCUCAGUCGACCUUGAGCACUACGGCGAUGAACGAGCGGACAGUCGCCUGGGUGUCCAACAUGCCACAUCUCUCUGCAGACAUCGAGAGCCUGCGACCGGACCGCGAGGGUCAGCUGAAAGAGUACUCCAAGAGUAUGGAUGAGUCACGACUGGAGAGGGUAAGAGAGUACGAAGAAGAAAUUCAUUCCUUGAAGGAGCGGCUGAAGAUGUCUCACCGUAAACUUGAAGAAUAUGAGCAGAGACUCCUGACGCAGGAGCAGCAGACCAACAAGAUCCUGCAGCAGUAUCAGAACCGGCUGGACGACAGCGAGCGGCGCCUCAAGCAGCAGCAGUUGGAGAAGGACUCCCAAAUCAAAGGCAUCAUCAACAGACUCAUGGCUGUGGAAGAUGAGCUGAGAGGGGGUGCCAUUCCUGAUAUUAAGCCUCGAAUCCUCACAGACCAGUCUAUCAGCCAGGUCUAUGGUGGCCACCCAGGAUCCUGACUGCCAGUUCCAAAGUGACCAGAGUUCAUGAUGGUCACUCGUGUGUGAGAAGACUGAUUCGAGUGCUCAUCAAGACAAACCCCAUCAAGACAAAGCUCUGCAGUGGAUCCAGCAGGACUACUGGAGGCAUCAUCUCACCGCAUUCUCAAAAAGACUUUGCACAUAUUUAAACUUAGCCUGUACCAGAACUUGACAAUCAGCUUAGCGUGAGAACCGAUGUGUGCAGCCAAUCUUCUGCACAUGUUGGCUGAAAUAUAAGCCAGUGCCACAACAAUGGCAAUACUGCACCUAAUGAGUUUCUUUAUUUAAUUGGAAAAAGCGAGAAGAGGCGUGUAAAACACUGGGGAUGAAGAUGGAUCCAUGAUUUUCUCUGCUGCAAGCAGCGCUUUCAGGUGGCUGCAGAAAAAAAUGUAGAAAAUGCUUUUGACACAAGCACAAUAUCUCUUCAGGCUGACGCCUGUGACAAGCAACAAGCAUGUCGUUAAAUCAUUUGCCAUCUCUGAUCCUCAGAUGUGGGGCCCAAGCAAAGACCUAUUGUACCAUUUGGCUCUGAUGAAAUCAUCCAGCAACAUAUUCUCAUUGCAGAGAUAUUUUCACUUACAAAGGUGGUUAUCGUUAUGAUUUUUACAUCCUUUAUAGUACAGCCAUUCCACCUGAAAAGACACCAAACGAGUCCUACAAUCAGCUUAUGACUGCUUUAAGUACAAUCUGAAUCCUCUUGUUGGUUUCCUUCAGCACACGGUGUAGAGCCUUCACUUUGGGUGUAUAGAAGAAGUAUUUCUUAAAACUACAAAAUCUUUUUAACAAUGGUAAUACUUUACAAAAGUUAUCCGAGAUUAAAAUGUGUUUUUGUUCAUUUUGUAAUAAUAUUAAUGAUGAUAGUAAAUAUCAUGAUCAAAUAUAUAUAGAACAUUUCAAAGCGGUGAUACAAAGUGCUUCAGAGGUAACAUGAAGACCCGAAAUGGAGGAAAAAUUGUGGCAAAAUUUGUCAAUUUACUCAGCAUGGGACUAAAUCCGUUGGCAUACUGAGACUAUCAUGUCACAGUGACUGUGACACAGUGUGUAUUUUGGGAGACGUGAGCGUUUUCCAUUCUAAUAAAAAAGACGUUGCAUUAUGGGAAGCUUAACCUGUGCCAAACGGGACUGAAAAUCUAUGAAAUUUGCAGCACUAAUUUGCUAUAAUGGUGCCACCAUUUUUAAGGAACAUCACGUUUUUACUUAAAUUUCAUGUUACUUAAGUUAUGCUUUCAUAAAUUCCUCAAAGAGUGCUCCUGACAGCUCGGGAAAGCUAUACUUUCUAGUGAAAACUGCAAAAAUGCAGCAUUUAAUUUUUCAACAAAAUGAAGUGGGGACCAUUUUGAUUACAGGGUAGCUGUAGAAGUGAUUUAAGAAGCACUAUACAAAAAAUAAUUAUAGCUCCAGCUUCUCAAUUAAUAACUAAUUAGCAAUUAUUUAACAAAACAAGCAGGUCCAGAGUGAAAAUGGUUAUUUGUAGACGGCGUUGGUCUUAAAGGCAGCCUAAACCAGCAAAGCCUCAAAAGUAAUAAACCAACUUGAAAUUAAAAGGUCUUUUAGCGUUUUUGUGUUAGUUUCGCUGUACAGCACUUUGUAACACUGGUUUGAAAACGUUGGUACAUACAUAAAUUUUAAUAACUUUGAUUAUAAACAAGAUGUGCGCCUGGAAACAAAUCAUAUUCUAGCAAGUAGUGGAAUACUCAUCUGUUGUGUUUAAUGUUUCUGAAGCAUAGAUGUGCAACAGUUCUGCAUGAGCUUUUUAAAUGCAAGGACGAGUAAGUCGAUUUUGCUGUCAGAUACUAUACUAAUGUACAAAAGAAAAAAGACAAAAAAAAACCAGACAACUUUGACACGGCUUUCUUAUUGGAAGGCAUCUUUUUUUUUUUUUUAUCUAACCUGCUGACUCUUCCGUUUUUUUUCAGAAGAGUGUGGCAUUCAGCCUUUUGCAUUAUACAACAUGAAAGAGGGAAAAAUGAGGAAAGAGACGGGGAAAACAACGAAACAAUAAGGAAAUCUACAAGCAGGGAUAAUGUAGUAUAUGUGCAUAGGAUUUGACUGCCUUACAGUCUGUGCCACAGGGCCCAAAAUAACAAGCCAAUACAUAAAUAAAACCCCUGUAAAAUUUGUAUAAUACAUGUCCUUAUUUUGUAGUCAGGUGAUGAAUUAAUAAGCAGUGUGUUGGUUAACUCUGUACGUUAGUCAGAAUCAUUUACAUUACAGAUUUCAUGGUUGAUAUAAUUUAUCUUAACCUCUUGCCUUUAAAAAGACAUUUUCUUUCAAGAUAAAUAUCAAUGAUACAAAGUUAAAUGUUUAUGUUACCAGAAAUGUAUAAAAUAGCUUAAUGUAUAUCUAUUCUUAUAUGUAAAAUGUAUUCAAAUCAAGGGUAGGCCUUCAGGCAUGUUGAAGUUGUGGUAAAAAAAAAAAAGAUUCCUAUAGUAUUCUAACUCUUAAUGCUGCAAUCCAGAAACUACAGUGCUAUGGAGUGACUGCGUUCAUGGGAUGAGAGCUGAUUAAGUUCCCAGAAUAGCACAUUUCUGUUCCAGAUGAAAUAAUAUGACGAAUAUCUCUCUAAAAGCUCGCCUAUGUUGUGUAACCAAAAUAGCAGUGGUGCUUUCAACAAUGCUGGAUUGCAGUUUUAAGUCUUUUUUUUUUUUUUUUUUUUUUUUGGAAAUAUGCGUUAAUUUAUUUAUUUGGCCUGCAUUGCAAUACAGUAUUUUGAAAUGUUAUACCUGCACCUCGGUUUUUAUUUCACGAGAAGCUGCAAUCCAUAAUCUCUACGAAAAAUGUUUUUAAAGACAUAAAAAUAUAUAAUAUACCCAUGUAUUAUUGAACCUUUCUCUGUAUUAGCUGCAGUGGUACAGUGUGCUACCUCUGAAAUCAUGUCCUCAUCACCCUUUUCUGUUGGAAUUAUCUGAUCCAAGAGGAUGCUUUCUUACUUUUUAUUUAAGAGACAAUACUAACAAACGAGUUAGAGUUUUGCUUCAAACCAGACGGAAAAGUCAGGUGGAACUUUUGGUUGCUUGUUUAUUGCUAUUUUUUUUGAUUUCCUGUGUGCAGCAUUUGCAACCACGGGGCCAUUUCUAAAGUUUGUCCUGUUUAAUAUUGUAUUUAAGUGCCGUUACCAUCACAGUCACUCGCUUUUAUUUAUGGGAUGGCUGUGUUCCAGGUAUUCGUCAGACUCUCAGGUGUUACAAGGAACACAGAGAUAACUUUUAAUAUCUUUAAAGCCAAAUGCAUAAAAUAUCGAAAACGCAAAUGUUUUUGGCGAAUGAGCAUUACAGUUAAAUGCUACAUGCAACUGCUCUGUUUUUAUUUUGGUCGGCUCUUGGCCCUCAUCUCAUCCGUUUAUGGUUUCAUUUACACCUUCUCUUUUUUUAUUAGUCGUUAUAUAACCAGAAUUUUCUGUUUUUGGUCCAAAUGAAAAAUGUGACAAAUGUCCCACUGUAGUACAAGUUGAUGAAGAAUAUUAUAGAAGAUAUUAUUAAAGAAGAGCUUUAUGUUUCCAGAAUUAUCACAUUUUAAGACAAUGUAUGAACCUUUGUUGACCCAAGGGGGAAUAACUGCCGCUUUGCCGCAGCUAAAGCAGGACCUAAUAAAUGAAGCGAUAUAUAUCUUGUAUAUUUUAAAUAAGGGUAUUUAACAUCAAUCGACAUAUUUAUGUUUCUAAAAUGGAUGUAUAGCGUUUUGGAAUGAAACUAAAUAUUUUUCUUGGCAGCUAUUAUUCUGCACAAUUGACCUACUGUGUCACAAAUAUAUAUAGUUGGUGGGAUUUCUGACUUGAAUUAGGCCUACUGGAUGUAAUACCUUAAUUUACUUGAUAUUUUUUUUUAAAAUAAGCCAUGCCCCAUUGAUAAGCCAUACCCUCCAGUCCCCUGAUGUUGUAUGGUGGAUGUUUAAUGUUGGUAGUUUUAUUUAUAAUGGUAGUUAUUGUAGGUAUGAUUGCGCUUGUAAUUAUUAUUAUUAGUGUAAGUAUACUUGAUUGAUAUGAUUUGUUUUGUUUGAACAAAGGGAAUGUAUUCAUUUUUCAGGUGAUUUUUCCGAGUGAUUUAAAUAAAUUAAUAAAUCUCUAA